GUCAUCACCGAGCGCCGGGGCCGCGGGGCGGCGCCACAGGAGCGAAGGAGAGAGGGAAACCGCCGCCGCCAUGACAAACGUAUAUUCCUUCGAUGGCCUGCUGGUUUUUGGCUUGCUUUUUAUAUGCACCUGCGCAUACUUGAAGAAAGUUCCACGACUAAAUAAAUGGUUACUUUCGGAAAAGAAAGGGGUAUGGGGUGUAUUUUACAAAGCUGCAGUAAUAGGAACAAGGCUUCACGUACCAGUGGCGAUGUCCUGCAUUGUUAUGAGUGUUUACGUUUUGUUUAUUAAAUGACUACGUUAAACUGGAAGAAGAAUUUAAAAAGAGCAAUAUAUUAUAUUUAGCAAAAACGUACAUGAGGAUUAAAAUCAGAUCAGACAAUGUUCUCUUUCUGUAAGGAAUUGAACACUAUACUAUUUACCCUCUUGUCCUGGAAGGUGAAGGGCUUUGGAAGCAACACUGACAGAUGGAGAAAUAGUUUACUGCUGGUGUAUACAUGGUUCAUAAUAAAUCCUGUUCCUUAA